CGGCAGCCGAGCCCGCGGCAGACGCAGCCCCGCCGCGCCAUGGCCGGCCGCCGCCUCCUGGGGCUGCUCCUGGCCUUCGCCGCGCUGCUGGGCGCAGGUCAUGGGGAUGACACAGAUGACUUCAACCUAGAAGAUGCCCUGUUUGACCCUGUCACCAGGCGACCCACUCCCAAGGGCCCCAGAAGGCCGGCAGGUGGGACAGACUUCGAUUUGGCUGAUUACUUUGACACGCCUGUGGAGACCACCACCAAACCAGCCAAGCCGACUCCCAGGCCCUUCCCCAGGCCAGGGAAGCCAGACAACGGCUUUUGGGAUGUCAUUCGCACGACCAAGCAGCCAAAAACUACAAGAGCCCCUCCUAAACGUAAGCCAGAAAAGGAUCCUAUGGAUUUUGACUUGGCUGAUGCCCUUGAUGAUAAGAACGACAGGAAAGACCCUGGGAGGUCGGACGUAAGGCCAGGUGAAGGAUUUUCAGACGAUGACCUGGCCAGCAUUGUGGAUGGCGGCUACAGCCCAGACAAGAAGAAGGGUGCCAGCGGCAACACCGACAACGACUACAGCGGAGUGGCAGAGACAGGGACAAUCGCUGGCAUUGCCAGUGGCCUGGCCAUGGCGCUCAUCGGGGCAGUCUCCAGCUACAUCUCCUACCAGCAGAAGAAGUUCUGCUUCAGCAUCCAGCAGGGACUGAACGCGGAGUACGUGAAAGGAGAAAACAUGGAAGGCGUUGUGAGCGAGGAACCCCAGGUUAAAUAUUCAGCCCUGGAAACGCAGUCAGCAGAACCACCAAAACAAGACAGCGCGAAGAUGUAAAGCGUGACCCAGGGCUAGGAAAUAAUCAGUCAGCAGCAACGGAGAUCUUUCAUGCUUGUAACUUAGCUUUUAAUUUAAUUUGACUCCAAAGCUAUUUAAUGUGUAUUUAGGCUUGAACUGGCUUUUUAUUGCUGUAGGCUUUAGGGUUAGACUGGCAGCAUGCGUUUAUUUUUUGUGAAGAGGUUUAUGUUUACACAGAAGCGGUAGCGUAGGGUUGGUGUGCGCUCGUAGGGAAAUCCACAGAAGGUCCUUCAAGCUGUGGUCAGUUUUCAAGAGCUUACAGGUACAAGGACAGUGAAGUGCCUGUAAAUAGCAAUCCAAAGCCAAACCCUGCAAAGCCUCCAGCCACCUUCUGCCGUCGGCUCCGGGCAGUGUCACUUCCAGUGACAAAGCUGCACGUUUCCUGAGGGUGCGCCGCAGCCCUGCGUGUGGCCACACCUAAAAAUGAAGUGCCUAUGGUGAGUCCUCGUGUGGGGCCUGGGGCUGAGCCAGGUGACUCCCUGCUCCCCAGCCAGGAGCUGAGGAUGUUUCACCACCCAGCACUGGGCUUCCACCCAAAGGAGCUGAUUUUCACACGAGUCACAAUUGGAGUUGAUGGUAGAGCGUGCAGUGGUCACUUUCGGCAGAUGCCAUUUGAACGCUCUGCUGUGCUGCAGAGCAGAAUGGAACUGAAGUGAUCCGCUUUGUCUUAAGCUGUGCCAGGGGAAGUUUAGGUUAGACAUCAGUGCCACGGGUUAGUUGAUGAGGAGGUGUUAGGUUAGGUCAUAGGUUGGACUUGAUGAUCUCAAAGGUCUUUUCCAACUUAGUUCAUUCUGUGAUUCUGUCUCUCACUUGAGGCACCUAUGUUGUCAAUUAAAGCUGUGUGCAUAUGGAUGCUUUCAAGGACGGGUUCAGAUCUCAGUCACACCAGAACAAGUGACAGAUCUAACCCAAAAGAAAAUACAGUGGUAUCUGUUAAGACCUUUAGUGCUCAGUACCACAACAGAAGUCAAGCUUAACAAGGUGCAGUCCCCUCCUUCUUUUAUCAGCAACUAUCAGGAGUGCUCCCAGAGGCAGAAAAAGGAUUUAAGCUCCACUCUUUGUGUCACUGGCUAAGCUUUAAGAAAGGCUUUACUGUCCUUUCCUGUCCUGCAUGGGGUUCCUGCAGCUGCCUGGGAAGCGCUGGGCUGCGAGUGGUGCCCAGCAGGACACUGGGCUGCACCAGGACAGUGCACACACAGCUCCUGCCACGCUGCCAAACCGCUGCCUACACCCGACCUUCACUGUCCUGCAAGAAGUUCUGUUUGGAUUCCUAAUCCCUCCCCAGCAACCUUUUCGAGUGCUGCUGAAUUGUGGCUAACUGCCACUUUCCAAUACGUUUUUCCAAAUCGAUGAUUGCUUAAAAAGCAUGCUCUCAAGUGAAGGAAAUUUCACUUCACAUGAUGGAAGAGGUACUCACUGUUUAUAUACAAACCUGAAAUGUAGGCACUUCGUACAUGGGUUUGCAAACUCCGUGUUUUAUGAGCGUGUGUUAAGAAAAUCAAGCCUUUCGGUAUGAUGUACAAAUUCACAGCUUUCAGGUAGACAUGACUUCCAGAAAGCCCUGCCAGGAGGUGAAUGAGCCCAGGAGCAUCGCUCUCUAACAGCUCCAUUUGGAAGGAAAUUGCCCAGUAACUUGGUUAAGUAUUUUGCAAUAGCUGCACAAUUCCUUAUGCUCUUUUUAACAGCUGCAUUUUUAAAGCCUUAUGCUAGCUCUGGCAGAACAGCUACAGUCGUUUGUAAGGUGCCUCACAACUAUUUAGAACACUUAGGCUACAACAAUACUGCUCUGAACUACUGCUGCUUUGUUUUCUGAAUGAGCUUGGAAUAGGAAAGAAAUGUCAAUAAUUGGCUGGGAUAAUGGAAGCUCAGGAAAGAGAUGGGAGGCACUGUUUGCUCGGUCCCAGAGAAGGGUUUGCUUGGAGGAAGUGUGGCCUGCAGAAUUGCAACAGGAGCUCAGGUGCUGGCUGAGCCACACAGCUGAGUUUGUGGAUCUCCAGUCCCAAGCACUUGUUUUUUGUUCCUACCCAAGCACGUUUGAAAGCUGUAGCGUGCAAUGUGUUUUCUGUAAGUUACUGUAGGUGAAGUGUUACAGCAGGGCACUGAUGAUCACCAGAAGCUGUUUUCCCAGCUUAGUGCCUAGAAUUCCUCCUCUCACUUUGCCAGUGACCACGUUCCUGCACUGCAGAUCUCGGGUUUUACCCUGCCCUGUCAAUAUCAGCGUGGUUUAAAGGGUACAGCUUCCACCCCUGCUCUGGGGAGCUCCUACAGCAGGGCACAGAGGGAGCACAAGUCUAAUUCAAAAUACUGCAGGUCACAAAUGUAACGAAGAAGGGCAGCAAGCUCUUUCACUGGAAAAGCCACCCCAGGUUCUGGGACUCAGAAGCUGCUGCUUUGCCCAAGGCUCCUCUCUAAGGCAGGAGACUGCUGACACUUCAGUGUAACCUGUAGGUGUGUGGAAAUCCAUAAAUGCAGUGAAAGAGAACACUUCCAAAGUGAACAGCGACAGGAUUCAAGAUUUCUUCCUCUAGGAUUUCAAACAGGAAGAUGCUUGCAAAUCCUGCAGCAGAGAAAUUAGGCUUGGCCUUCUCUUCAAAACUGAACAAAAGUCAGUCUUAGUGGUAAAUGUCAGCAAAGGCUCAAAUGAUUUUUUAUUGCUGUUUGUCCCCUCUUCCACCUCAACUGCCACCAGUCUCUGAGAAACAGGGAGUUUAUACAUCAUCUAUAUUUUAAGCAUUAUAGCAACCCAGAGGUUUCCUGUGAAUUUUCCUAGUAGCGAUCCAGGUUCUAGAACAGCUGACCCAGCACUGACUUCUACUUUCAUUUAAUUACUAUUUAUUCACUUAAAUUGGGAUAUGGAUUUUUUAAAAAUCCUGCUUUUAAGCUCUAUACAUGACAUGAACUUUCUUGUCCUUUAUAAAAAACAGCAAUAAACCACUAGAAAAUUGGGUUGCUUUUUUUUCUUUUUCAUGAGUCCAAAACCUAUAUAUACAAACGUCCCUGAGAAUUUUUGUACUAUGUAUGCUUCGAGCUCUUUUUCUUAUGACACCUCAUUCUACAGCGAUUUUAAAUGGCAAUAAAAUGAUUCAGAAAAGGUUUGUCAAAGGUUUGACAGAGAAAAGAGAGAAUUGAAAGAAUUCAGCUGGCUCUUUUCGUGUUUAUUCUCUCAAUUACUUGCAUUUUUCUUUGGCAGUAGCUCCUUUCAGAUUCCUCAGCUGACACGAAUUUCAGAUCUUUUUGGCACUAUAAACUCAGUCAUUUUCAUGCAACCCCACUAAUGAACCCUUACAAGUGCUCCACUGUCAUCCUUAACUAUUCAUUUGUUGUGAUAAAAGCAGAAUUAGCCCGUAAUACUGAUGGAGAUUCGGAAAAAGAAGGGUGGUUCGGCAGGCUGAGGCUGUAAAAAUUGCUUCUCUAACAGAUGAGGUUCAGGAAUAAAUGAAGUUCAUAAAUUAGAGACCCCUUUCUUUUGAGUGAAGUUCUAACUCAGAAGCAAGGCAGAUUCCUUGCUGCUGCAGAAGUGACCUGUACCAAAUGAAGGUUGAAUGUUACGCUGUAAUAAAAUACAUUUUGUUAAUGUGUGUGUAAGGGUCAGGGGGGGAAAAACCCAGAAUUUAACUACCUUUGGAAAACACCAAAUAAACCAAAUUGACUAGAAAGACA